AUGGAGCAACUGACAUCCUUCCCACGGCCUGGGGACCCCGGAACCAUGGAGUCGUGGGCAAUACCAGCCUGGCCGAGAUGGACACCAAGCCAGGGGGGUGAACCUGGCAGUAUAGCCCCAAGUAUUGCUGAUACUCCGGCAGCUCUGCAGGUUGGAGAAUCAAGGCCUGAGGAGAGUUCAGAGCCUGAGAGAACCCGGAGCCCCGGGCCUGUGGAGGGCACUGAUUCUGAAGGGACACUGGUGGGGCCGCCUGUCCUGGGGCAGCAAGCAGAGAGCCCGGGACCCGGCUACCUAAAGCUGGAGGAUGAGGUGGCAGAGACUUUCCUUAAGGCCAAGCUGAAAACGGGCUUUGGGGACAGGCCCAAGCUGGAGCUGCUGAGGGCUCUGGGGGAGCUGCAACAGCGCUGUGCCGUCCUGAAGGAGGAAAAUCAGAUGCUGAGAAAGAGCAGCUUCCCCGAGACGGAGGAGAAGGUGCGAAGGCUGAAGCGGAAGAAUGCCGAGCUGGCGGUCAUUGCCAAGCGCCUGGAAGAGAGGGCGAGGAAGCUGCAGGAGACUAACCUGAGGGUGGUGAGUGUCCCCGUUCCCCGCCUGGGGGCCAGUUUGGAGUUGUGCCAGGAGGCUCUGGCCCACCAGCGAGCCCGGGACCUCAGUGAGACAGCCAGCGCCCUGCUGGCCAAGGACAAACAGAUUGUCGCCCUGCAGCGGGAGUGCAGGGAGCUGCAGGCCAGGCUCACCCUGGCCGGCAAGGAGGGCUCCCAGUGGCUCCACGUGCGGGACAUCGACCGUCUUCUGCGCGAGUCCCAGCGGGAGGUGCUGCGGCUGCAAAGGCAAAUCGCCCUGCGCAACCAGCAGGAGCCGCCCCCGCCGCCCCGGUUCCCGGCCCCUGCUGUCCCGGCCCCAGCAGGGGCGCCCGCCCCCGGGGCCCCGGGAGAGGCCACACCCCAGGAAGAUGUGGACAACCCACAGGUGGUUGUAGGGGAGCCUGAGAAACUGCACAGGGUGCAGCAGCUGGAGUCAGAGCUCAGCAAGAAGCGGAAGAAAUGUGAGAGCCUGGAACAGGAAACCCGAAAGAAGCAGAGGCGAUGUGAGGAGCUGGAACUUCAGCUGAAAGAAGUUCAGAUUGAGAAUGCCCGCCUUGUGGAGGAGAACUCUCGACUCAGUGGGAAAGCCACAGAGAAGGAGCAGGUGGAGUGGGAGAAUGCCGAGCUAAGGGGCCAGCUUCUGGGGGUGACAGAGGAGAGGGAUUCGGCCCUUCGAAAGAGUCAGGGCCUGCAGAGCAAGCUGGAGAGCCUGGAGCACGUGCUGAAGCACAUGCGGGAGGUGGCCCAGCGGAGGCAGCAGCUAGAGGUGGCGCAUGAGCAGGCCCGGCUCAGCCUGCAGGAGAAGCAGGAGGAGGUCCGGAGGCUGCAGCAGGCCCAGGUAGAAGCCAAGAGGGAGCAUGAAGGGGCUGUCCAGCUGCUGGAGUCUACCUUGGAUUCCAUGCAGGUCCGGGUUCGAGAGCUUGAGGAGCAAUGCCGCAGCCAAACUGAGCGCUUCAGCCUCUUGGCACAGGAGCUCCAGGCCUUCCGUCUGCACCCUGGGCCUUUGGAUCUGCUCACCUCUGCUCUGGGCUGCAGUGCCCUUGGGGAUCGUCUACCACCCCCUUGUUGCUGCUCCACGUCCCAGAUCUGCUCCAAAGACCUUGACCUCCCUCCGGGCUCUCCAGGGCGCUGUGCCCCAAAGUCUUCUGAAAUUGCCUCAGCCACACUUGCUGGGGCCCCUAGAAGGAUGACUAAGAAGGCAGAAUCUCUCUCCAACUCCUCUCGCUCGGAGCCUAUCCACAACAGCCCCAAGUCGUGCCCUACGCCUGAGGUGGACACAGCCAGUGAGGUGGAGGAGCUGGAGGCAGACAGUGUCUCCUUGCUCCCAGCAGUACCUGAGGUCAUCAGGGGAGGAGCCAGGAUCCAAGUCUUCCUAGCACGUUACAGCUAUAAUCCCUUUGAGGGCCCCAAUGAGAAUCCAGAGGCCGAGCUUCCGCUGACUGCAGGCGAGUACAUUUACAUCUAUGGCAACAUGGACGAAGAUGGCUUUUUUGAAGGGGAACUCAUGGAUGGCCGAAGGGGCCUGGUCCCCUCUAACUUUGUAGAGCGUGUGUCUGAUGACGACCUCCUGACCUCUCUCCCUCUGGAGCUGGCUGAUUUAUCACACAGCUCCGGCCCUGAACUCAGCUUCCGGAGUGGAGGUGGUGGGGGCAGCAGCAGUGGGGACCAGAGCAGCGGGGGACGGUGCCAGCCCCAACUGGAGGAGGAGGAUGUGGGAGAUGAGCUCAGCCUGAGUCCACCCCCAGAGGGACUUGGUGAGUCCCAUGCUGUGCCUUAUCCCCGCCGUCUGGAGCUUCUCAAGCAGCUGACCCACAGCAUGGUGCUAGCCUGGGAGCCGCCCCCUGAACAAGUGGACCUGCUCGGCUAUCAUAUCUGUGUGAACGGAGAGCUGCACCAGGCUCUGGGACCCGGGGCACCCCCCAAGGCCGUGCUUGAGAACUUGGACCUGAGGGCCGGCCUUCUCCAUGUCUCUGUGCGGGCCCUGACUAGCCAGGGCAGCUCUGACCCCCUGCGUUGUUGCCUGGCUGUGGGUGCCCAGGUUGGGGUCGGGCCUAGCCAGCUUCGGAUCUACCGACUGACAGCCACGUCUGCUGAGAUCACCUGGGUGCCCGGCAAUAGCAAUUUGGCCCAUGCCAUCUACCUCAAUGGGGAAGAGUGCCCACCUGCCCGCCCCAGUAUCUACUGGGCCACCUUCUGCAACCUGCGGCCUGGCACACUCUACCAGGCCCGAGUAGAGGCUCAGCUCCUACCCCGAGGGUCCCGGGAAGCAGACUGGGAGAGGCCGGAGCAGAGAGCAGCCACCCUGCAGUUCACCACCCUCCCAGCAGGCCCACCUGAUGCUCCGCUUGAUGUGCAAAUUGAGCAGGGACCCUCCCCGGGAAUCCUGAUCAUCAGCUGGCUUCCAGUCACCAUUGAUGCUGCAGGCUCCUCCAAUGGUGUCCGGGUCACAGGCUACGCCAUCUACGCUGAUGGGCAGAAGAUCAUGGAGGUAACGUCACCCACAGCAGGCAGUGUGCUGGUGGAAUUGUCGCAGCUGCAGCUGCUGCAAGUGUGCCGCGAGGUGACCGUGCGAACCAUGUCACCUCACGGCGAGUCAGCAGAUUCCAUUCCGGUCCCUGUAGCCCCAGCUCUGGCUCUGGCCUGCCUGCCAGCCAGGGUUUCCUGCCUUUCACCCAGACCAGACCUGGAGGCCAGAUCACCCUUUGCUCCAGCCUCUCCAGGGUUUGGAGACCCUAGUUUUCCCCUCUGGUGUCCUGACCCCCAUGGAACUCCAGAGCCCUCAGAGGUCCCCUCAGCAAGCCCUCUCAGUGAGGCAUCAAGAGAAUCCCAAGAGGAGCCUCCAGUAUCUUGUUCCCAGGAGGAGGUGGGUAUAGCGGGCGUCUUGGAGGAACAGAGGGUCAGCAAGCCAACAGUGGACGAGAGAGGCCCUGGCUCUACAGUUCCUGAACUAGCUCUGGAAGAGGCUCAGUGGGCCACAGGAGAGGCCUGCCCAGUGCCCUGCUCCACCCAGGGAGCCCCGACCCAUCGGAUACCGUGUAUCGAGGCCAGCCAAGGAGACACAGGGUCCGGACUGAGGGCCAGUGUUGAGAGAGAUAACCCAGCCGAGCUUGGGCUCCAUGUGGUGACCCCCCUUGUGGACCACAGUCGUAACUCAGACCUGUCAGACAUCCUGGAGGAGGAGGAGGAGGAAGAGGAGCUGGCCUCCAGGCCUUGCUCUUUUCAGAAGCAGGUUGCUGGCAACAGCAUCAGGGAGAACGAGGCCAAGCCCCAGUCCGACUCAGGUGAGACCGACAGUGACGAGGAGAUUCUGGAGCAGAUCCUGGAGCUGCCCCGCCAGCAUUUCUGCAGCAAGAAGCUCUUUAGCAUCCCCGAGGAGGAGGAAGAAGAGGAGGAUGAUGAAGAGGAGGAGAAGCGGGGGGCAGGCUGCUCUUCCCGAGACCCGAACCUGCCUGAGCCUCUAUUGCUAGGGUCAGGCUACAAAAGUGCUCAGCCCCAAGGCUCUGGCUUGUGCCCCUUGUUUCCUGAGCCUUCCAGGACUGAGGACCACUUGGAGGAUGUGCCUGGACUAGUUGGUGGAAGCAGCCAGAGGAGAGGCGUUGGAGCCCCGGAGAAGCCCCCAAACCGCAGGCGGCCCCCAGACCCCCGUGAACAUUGCAGCCGGCUUCUUGGCAACGUCGGGGCCCAGCCCUCUGGACGACCAGGCCCCACACGGGAGCGGGGCGGUGCCCCUGUGGGCGAGGGGACCAGGGCUGGACCAGAGACUGGUGGCAGAGGGCAGCUGACCCUUUCCCGGAAGUGCCCCAGUGGUCGGACCCUGGAAUCUGGCCUGGCUAGCUGCCUGUCCCCCAAGUGUUUGGAAAUCAGCAUUGAGUAUGAUUCUGAGGACGAGCAGGAGGAGGGCAGUGGGGGCAUCAGCAUCACCAACUCCUGCCACCCUGGAGAGGGGGAGGUCUGGGGCACGGCGCCCAUAGGAUGGUCCAGGGGGACUCUGAAGGCCAAUUCAGCCCCCAACCCCUGCCCAUGCCCCCCGGGCUGGGAGAAAGGGGAGCCAGAGCGGCGAGGCUACAGUGUGAUGAGCAGAGCCAAAGACUCAGACUCCCGGGCAGUAGAUAUGGGUGAGCCCAGAGGGCAGGACAGCUCUGGGCGAAGGGGCCCUGCACGGAGAGGGGCACGGGCCCCCAGGCCAGGCUCCAGUGAGCUGGCCUCUCUGAGGAGCCCCCCGGAAGAGGUGCUCGCCUCCCAGGACCUACCUGUGAGGCUCUUUGUGGCUCUGUUUGAUUACGACCCUGUGUCAAUGUCACCCAACCCUGAUGCUGGGGAAGAGGAGCUUCCCUUCCAGGAGGGGCAGAUUCUAAAGGUGUAUGGGGACAAGGAUGCCGAUGGCUUCUAUCGGGGUGAAGGUGGGGGCCGGAUGGGCUUCAUCCCCUGCAACAUGGUGGCAGAGGUGUCUGCGGACAGUCCUGCGGGGAGGCAGCAGUUGCUCCAGCGGGGUUACCUAUCUCCAGAUGUCCUUGUUGAGAGCUCAGGAAAUGGCCCUCUUGUGUACUCCACAGCCCGCACAACUGGGCCUCCCCCAAAGCCCCGCCGCUCCAAGAAAGAGACUUCUGAGCAUUCUCUCCCUCCUCCCUUAGGCCCCCCCAAGCCGGUCUCCUCUGCUGGCCUGAAAGUUCCCCACCCCAUGGUGGCAGUGUUUGACUACAACCCCCGGGAAAGCUCUCCCAACAUGGACGUGGAGGCGGAGCUGCCCUUCCGAGCAGGGGAUGUCAUCACUGUGUUUGGGGGCAUGGACGAUGAUGGAUUCUACUAUGGGGAACUGAAUGGAAAAAGGGGUCUUGUUCCAUCCAACUUCCUGGAGGGUCCCGGACCUGAGGACAGGGAGCCAGGGAAUUCCCUGGCCGAGAAUCAGAGAACGAGGAGGAGAAGAGUCCAGUGCUAG